GAGAGAGAGAGAGAAGCAGAAGAGCAGCAGAAAGAUUUUAAACUUAUUUCCUGCACCGCUAGAGAAGAAGUGCAGUCUGAGUGUUUCCCAGCCUCAAACCGUGCCUGAACACCUUUAACUGUACCAGUAUGCAAGCCAUUAAAUGUGUGGUGGUUGGCGAUGGCGCCGUGGGGAAGACCUGUCUGCUCAUCAGCUACACCACCAAUGCCUUCCCUGGCGAGUACAUCCCCACCGUGUUCGACAACUACUCAGCCAAUGUCAUGGUGGACAGCAAACCGGUCAACCUGGGGCUGUGGGAUACAGCAGGGCAGGAGGACUACGAUAGGCUGAGGCCCCUUUCCUAUCCACAAACGGACGUGUUCCUCAUCUGCUUCUCCCUUGUGAGCCCGGCCUCCUACGAGAACGUGAGAGCCAAGUGGUACCCUGAGGUGCGGCACCAUUGUCCUACCACACCCAUCAUCCUUGUUGGCACCAAGCUCGAUCUGCGGGACGACAAGGAAACCAUUGAGAAGCUCAAGGAGAAGAAAUUGACCCCCAUCACAUACCCACAAGGCCUUGCACUCACUAAGGAGAUAGACGCAGUGAAGUACCUGGAGUGCUCGGCACUCACGCAGCGGGGGCUCAAGACAGUUUUCGACGAGGCAAUCCGUGCCGUGCUGUGUCCACAGCCCGCUAAGGUCAGGAAGAAGGGCUGCCUGCUCCUCUGAGGGCCAGAUGAUGCCUGGCAAGCCUGGGAUCAAGGCUUUGGUGAUAAGUGCACUGCUUGUACAACAACCACGGAGCUGCAAGGAUCCAGUCUCUCCAGCAUCCGACUCCUUAACAAUGGUUACUUUGGCUAUUCAGUAAUAUCAGUGUAUCAGGGUAUGAAAAUAUAAUAUUUAAUGGGUAAGGGUCUGGGUGUUCAUCUUUUUAUAAAUGAAAAGCAAGAAAUCAUAAUUUUAGCACUCUUUCUUACAAAUCACAUUUUUGUUACGAUAUUAUUACCCUGCCUCCUUAACACCAUAAGGUCAACACAUAAAAAUGUAUAUAUGAUACAACUUUCUUUUUGAUUGCUCACAAGGUCUCAGCCCACACUCAUGAAAUUUAAGGAAUGUCAUAUCUUAAAUGGGCAAAACAUCCAGAUGUAGACUAUUGUGUCAAUCUGGGUAACACUACCCCUGAAAUAUUUUUGGGAUUGACAUCAAGUUAGCAACAAAUAAUUAAAGGAAUAAAUAAUACAGCUUUUAACUUUGAUAAAUAUUGAGUGAAGCGAAAUAGAUUUUAAAAAUGUAAAAGUUUCAAAUAGUGUAUCCAAAUUUCUAUAUGUUAGAUCCAAGAAUGACUGCACAGUAUAUCCAUGUAUUCUAAAUGAGUUCAUUUUAAAAUUGUAAGAAAUAAUGUAUAAAAAAUUAAAUUCUUUCACCUUAUCUGGGCUUGUAUAAAGACUUCCUGUGAAUAGCACCUGAUGUGGGUUUGAUCUGUUGUAGCAAGAAAUUUGUUUUAACUUCACUUUGUUCAAAAACUUGAUUGUAUUAAACCAGAAAUAGUAUCAUUUCAU